AUUAGUAGGAAUAUAGCUCUCGUCAAGUAUUUUUCCGAGCUUUUAUCAAAUUGCAAAAUUUGAUAUUCAUAGAUGGUCCAUUAAUCGGGAUUUAAUAAAAAUUUCUAUAAUUAAUAGCUAUAUUUCGAUUCAAAUAUAUCGGUUCAUGUGUUGAUAAAUUUACUUUUCGAUAACAAAUAAGAAAAAUAGAAAAUCAAAACAUUUUAGAAUGGCAGAAAACGAAACAAGAUCAUUGCUUGGACACGAAUUGAAACACCUUACAUUUGGAUGGACCGAUUACACAUUGUUCGGUGGUCUUUUAGGGAUCAGUGUACUUAUAGGGAUUUAUUUUGGCUGUUUCGGCAAAAAACAAGAUAAUACUACCGAAUAUUUGCUCGGAGGAAAAACAAUGUCCUGUUUUCCUGUUGGCAUGAGUUUAAUUGCUAGUCACAUAUCGGCAGUUUCUUUGCUCGCUAUACCUGUCGAAGUAUAUCAAUAUGGUACACAGUAUGCUGCCUGCGUUUUCACAUCAUUCAUAACGUGUGUUCUUAUUUCAAUUAUAUAUUUGCCAGUAUUUUAUCAAUUACAACUGACCAGCACGUUUGAAUACUUAGAGCUGAGAUUUACAAGACCUGUGAGGACGUUUGCCUCAUUUCUUUAUUCACUUUCUACGGUUAUUUAUGUCCCUUUAAUCGUAUAUGUACCAUCUUUAGCAUUUUCUCAAGCAACAGCGAUCGAUCUCUAUCUGAUUACUCCGAUAAUCUGCAUCGUGUGCAUAUUUUAUACAACUAUUGGAGGUUUGAAAGCUGUUGUAUGGGCGGACACCGUUCAAAUGAUCGUAACGUUGGGAAGUCUGUGCGCCGUUUUCGUUUUGGGUAUCAUAAAUGUGGGCGGUAUAUCGGAGAUUUGGAAAAUAUCGGAAGAUGGUAGCAGAAUACAAUUUUGGAACAUGGAUCCCAGUCCAUUCGUUAGAAAUUCUUUUUGGGGGAUGUCGAUUGGAAUGGUGAUGACGUGGUUACACGGACUUGGUAUCAGUCAAGUGUCCUUGCAGAGAUUCCUCUCUGUGCCUAAUUUGAAAGAAGCGCACAAGGCAAUAGCGCUUACGUGUCUAUGCAUGGUUGUCAUCAAAUGGAUAUCCGUCUUUACCGGACUUAUAAUGUACGCCAGAUAUUACAAGUGCGAUCCCAUUAGUACCAAAGUAAUUUCCAGGAGCGAUCAAUUACUUCCCUAUUACGUAUUGGACGUUGCUGCGAAUAUUCCAGGUCUUCCUGGCCUUUUCCUGGCCGGUCUUGUCAGCGCUGGUCUUUCGACGAUGAGCGCCUCUCUGAACACAGUGGCUGGUACAAUUUAUGAGGAUUUCAUCGAUCCAUGGUUACCAAAUAAUAGUGAAAAAGAGCAUAGAGCGGCGAAUAUUAUGAAGGUUAUUGUAGUUAUCGUAGGAUUGAUUUGUGCGGCGCUAGUAUUUCUCGUAGAUCGUUUGGGCGAUAUUUUUCGAGUUUCUCUGACCCUUCAUGGUAUCACGGCUGGCUCAAUGCUGGGCAUUUUCACUUUAGGAAUGACAGUACCAUGGGCUACGUCGAAAGGAGCUAUCGCAGGUGGAUUAACUUCCAUAUUGUUUAUGAUCUGGAUCAUCAUCGGUGCUCAAGUGAAUAUGGCUCAGAAACGAUUCUAUUAUCCACCCCUUCCUACUUCGACCGAGGAUUGCAUAAACGCAAAGAAUGUAUUUAAUCAAACAAAGACGUAUAAUGAUUCCUUGCCGAUUGUCGAAGACAAACCAUUCAUUCUAUACACGAUAUCGUUCAUGUAUUACACUUUGCUUGGUUUUUUGAUAUCAAUGGUUGUUGGAACAGCGGUCAGUUUCAUAUUUGGGACUCCUGAUCUACGAGAGAUCGAUAGAAAUCAUUUUCCACCUAUUGUUCAAAGAUUUUUACCACCGAAAAAAUAUACCGAGGUACCGAUGCAUUCGAUUCCAACCGCGUUGAUAACAAAUCCAGAGAAAGAGAAGCUCAACUCUUGAUGAUAUUUCUUUUUUUUUUCAUUUCUUCCCUAUGACAAUGUGUAUUCAUAGCAAAAUUGUAUUCGUUUUUUAAUAAAACUAUUUACGGUUAAAGACAAA